AUGUCUACAUCUAAUUACAUCACCCUAAAUAACGGUAUUUCAAUUCCCCAGAUUGGUUUUGGAUGCUGGAAAGUUAACAAGGAAACCUGUGCGCAACAGGUUUACGAUGCUAUAAAAUGCGGAUAUAGACUGUUUGACGGUGCAAUGGAUUACGGAAAUGAAAAAGAGGUUGGAGAAGGUAUAAAUAGAGCAUUGAAAGAAAAAAUUGUGAAAAGAGAGGAAUUGGUUGUUGUCUCUAAACUUUGGAACUCUUAUCACCAUCCAGAAAAUGUUCCUAAAGCAUUGAAUAGGGUUUUGACCGAUUUGAAUUUGGAUUACUUAGAUAUUUUCUAUAUCCAUUUCCCGAUUGCCCAGAAAUUUAUUCCUUUCGAAAAGAAAUAUCCGACUGGCUUCUAUUGUGGAGAGAAUGGCUGGGAAUUUGAAAAUGUUCCCUUAGCAUCUACAUGGGCAGCAAUGGAAGAGCUAGUAGGAAAAGGUUUAAUCAAAUCAUUGGGCAUAUCUAACUUUACAGGCCCAUUGAUUGAUGAUUUAUUGAGAGGAUGCAAAAUUAGGCCACAGUUGUUACAAAUUGAACAUCACCCGUAUUUGGUACAACCUCGGUUAGUAGAAUGGGUUCAGUCACAAGGCAUUCAGAUUACAGGCUACUCAACUUUUGGCCCACAGUCUUUUGUUGAACUAGACCAUCCUUCUGUCUCUUUGUGUGUUCCUUUAUUUGAAAACCCAGUCAUUAUGAAAAUUGCUGAAAGACAUGCGGUUAGCCCUGGAAAAGUUUUGUUAAGAUGGGCAACUCAAAGAAACAUCCUUGUAAUUCCAAAGUCUAACAAGAAAGAAAGGCUGGUUAGUAACCUUAGUGUCAACGACUUCAAUUUGACUGAUGGAGAAUUAUCUGAAAUUAGCGGCUUGAAUAUGAACUUAAGAUUCAACGAUCCUUGGGAUUGGUGUAAGAUUCCUUUAUAUACCUAA